GGAAGUGACGUUAUUGGAGGAAAAAGGGAUGUGCUUCCGUCUGUGGAAAUAUGGCUGUGGCCAGUUUCGGCGUUCUUUGCCGAAACGUCUUAACCAGCCUGAAGGCUUCCAGGUCGCUAGUAAGUCCUCAGGCUCUAGCUAGCACAGGUUGCAGGUUUUCUCUUAGUCUUUUGUCUAAGAACAUACCAAAUAUCACAUCUUUUCACCAGUGUAGAUUACUUCAUACCACAUUGUCAAGGAAAGGACUGGAAGAAUUUUUUGAUGACCCAAAGAAUUGGGGGGAAGAAAAAGUAAAAUCUGGAGCUUCAUGGACCUGUCAGCAGUUAAGGAAUAAAAGUAAUGAAGAUUUACAUAAACUUUGGUAUGUCCUACUGAAAGAAAGAAACAUGCUCCUGACCCUAGAACAGGAGGCCAAGCGGCAGAAAUUGCCAAUGCCAAGUCCGGAGCGGUUAGAAAAGGUAGUAGAUUCCAUGGAUGCAUUAGAUAAGGUUGUCCAGGAAAGAGAAGAUGCCCUAAGACUUCUUCAGACUGGUCAAGAAAAAGGCAGACCUGGUGCUUGGAGAAGAGACAUCUUUGGAAGAAUCAUCUGGCACAAAUUCAAGCAGUGGCCUAUACCUUGGUACCUAAAUAAAAGAUACAAUAGGAAACGAUUCUUUGCAAUGCCCUAUGUGGAACGUUUUGUCAGAUUGAGACUUGAGAAACAAGCCCGGAUUGAAGCAAGAAAGAAAAGCUUAGAGAAGAAGAAAGAAAAAUUUCUUCAGAAAAAGUUUCCACAUCUUUCUGAAGCCCAGAAGUCAAGUCUUGUCUAAAUGUCUGAAUUCUUAAGUUGGCAUUUUGUUUUCCCUUGAUAAGUCUAUAUACAAACGUAAAUGUGUAUUACAUAAUUUUACAAAGAAAUUGUGUUUUUAAUCAAAUAAAUGUCAGCUUUUUGAAGGGUUAACAUGGCA